UUCUUGUUGCGACAAAACUAAGUAGAUGACACAGGACCAAAAAAAACAAACAUGACAGGCUUCUCGUCUUUCCAUGUACCAAAAUCAAUUUUAAUUUCUUACUAAUAAUAAUUCAUCGAAUCUUUGUCCAUCUUAUAGAGAAAGGUGAAGCAGCAAAAAGAAGUUCCUCAACGCCAUGGCCACCGAUUUCAAAUCCAUCCCAAUCAUCGAUGUUGCUCCUUUGUUGGCCAAAUGCGAUGAUCCAAAAAUGGUUCAAGACCCUGCUGUACGUGAAGUUGUUAAGCAAUUGGAUCAGGCUUGCCGUGAGGCUGGGUUCUUCUAUGCGAAGGGUCAUGGUAUCCCUGAGACCAUGGUUAAAGAGGUUAGAAAUAUCACACACAAAUUCUUCGAUCUUCCUUAUGAAGAAAAACUCAAGAUCAAGAUGACACCAGCUGCUGGAUACAGGGGAUACCAGAGAAUCGGAGAAAACAUAACCAAAGGCGUGCCUGAUAUGCAUGAAGCAAUUGAUUGCUAUAAAGAACUAAAACAAGGGAUGUAUGGAGCUCUUGGAAAACCCAUGGAAGGAUGCAAUCAAUGGCCACAUUAUCCUCCGAACUUCAAAGAACUCAUGGAGGAGUAUAUUAGCCUCUGUACAGAAGUGUCAAGAAAAAUUAUGCGGGGAAUUGCUCUUGCAUUGGGUGGAUCACCAGAUGAAUUUGAAGGUGAAAGAGGCGGUGAUGCAUUUUGGGUGAUGCGCCUUAUCGGUUACCCAGGAGCAUCAACUGCAAAUGGAAAAUGCACGUCUGAAAAUGACAUUGGAUGUGGAGCACACACGGACUAUGGUUUGUUAACAUUAGUGAAUCAAGAUGAAAAUAUUACUGCACUUCAGGUGAGAAACCAGGCUGGUGAGUGGAUCUCAGCUCCUCCGAAUCCCGGAACGUUUGUCUGUAACAUUGGUGAUAUGUUGAAGAUACUAUCCAAUGGUUUAUACGAGUCAACUCUACAUCGAGUUAUCAAUAAAUCUCAGACAUAUCGUGUCUGUGUCGCCUUUUUUUAUGAGCCAAAUUACGAUGCAGCAGUUGAGCCUUUGGAAGUCUGUGUACGGAAGAGAGGCGGAACUCGGAAGUUCGAAAAAGCUGUUUACGGAGAACAUUUAGUUAGCAAAGUUCAAACGAACUUCGUAACAUAGGAGUUGGAGUUUGAAUUUUGGGGCAAAACUUUUCAUACUCUUGUUGUCUCAAAAUGCAGCGAUGAAGGUUGAGAUGAACCUAAUUGUUCAAACUUGGUCGGUGAUUUAAUCUAAUAAUUCAAUCUUCAGCACUUAACCUUUUAACACA